AUGUUCUCAGUCUUGGUACUCCCUCUCUUGCUCAAUGGCUUAGUUUACUUGUUUGACGUAUUUGUCAUCAAACCCGAGAUAACAAACUUGAUCAAUGAAUCAAGUCUGUUACCCACAGAUCUAAACAGCCCGGAGUACAUACCCCAUCGUAUGAGAUUCCUCGCAGAUUUUCGCCACUUUUUCGUUUCUUCAUGCAUCUUCUUCAUCGUUUCUUUCAUCACCAACCUCUUAUCCGUUCUUGUCCUAGUCCACGCAUCAGCUCUUACUCAUAAAGAUGAAAACAUCAAGAUCAAAGAGUUUCCUGUUCUGACCCUUAAAUCUUGGAAGGGACCUCUUGUGACCAAUUUCUACAUUUUCCUAUUCAUUCUUUGCUAUUGGUUCCUCUUCUCUAUGAUCCUUUUCACUCUCAUUUUCUUCUCUACAAAAUUAUAUUUCUUGGUAGCCAAGUCUGGCGCUCUAUGGAUUCUAUUCGCAGUGUUUGAGUGCUAUUUAGCCAUCGUUUGGUACCUAUCUUUGGUCAUAUCGACACUUGAGGAAACUUAUGGGUUCCAAGCUUUGAGGAAAGCGGCAAAGAUUGUUAAAGGGACGAAACAGAAACUAUUCCUCUUGAAUCUUUUUUUCGGUAUAUUGUCCUUCGGUUUAGCUCAAAUCAUGACGCUGGUUGAUUUGAGACGUUCGUUCGUUCUUACCUUAACCACCGGUUUGGUCCAUGUGAGUUUGACCUUCGCGGUGUGGAUGUUUCAGCUUGUGACUUACACCGUUGCAUAUUUUCAAUGUAAGAGCCUCCAAAGCAAAGACGUUGAGUCGCUCAGGGAUGUGGCAUAUACGAGAUUACCGUCCACUACGGUUACAGGAUCAUUUCCUUGA